AUGUCGGAUGUGUCGAACUCCUUCUCAGCUUGGGAGACCCUGCCGGAGGACGAACCUCCGCUGUGCAUCGCAGUUCGACGCCCAGUGUCACCUCCACGCCACUAUGAGGCGAGAGAGAGAAAUCCUAGAACUAUCACUAACUGGGAUCUCUUCGCUACCUUAGCCGGCUUUUGGGAAGAUUCCGCAAUUUACAGCAUCGACGAUGAAAAUAAGCGGUUCGUUGAAAACCUUCCCGACUGCGCGAAGAAGGCUGAGAGUUUUAAAACUACCAAGAGACGUCUGUCUCUUGAAACUUUUGAGCUGAUACGCCAGCGUGGAGCAGCACGAACCGCAGGGAACCAAGAACUCACGUCCAAGCUCGCAAAGCUUUGCAGAGAGGAGAUAAAGGAAGACCUUAAAGGGAGAAGAGCAGAAGUACUGGCAGAAGCUGCAGAGGCGGGGAAAAUAUAUCGUCCGAUAUACCCGUCGAGACUUCGUUAA